CCAAAAUCGACAUACUAAUACGAUUAUCCAGUUUUAGUAAUUUUUUAAUACAGGUACAUAUAAAAAUAAAUUUAAGUUAUCCAAAUAGUUUUCCAUUGUAUAACAACACAAAUAUUUCUAUUACUCACUAAUAUAUCUAACAUUCGCAUUUAUUGAUUUGUUAUAUAUCAAUCUAAAAUUCAGCAACAUUUUCGAAUUUCAUUUCGUCAUAAAAUAGCAGACAAUUGACAUUUUUCCGCUUUACUUCAGAUCAAUCACCGCUCGGAUUUUGUUUUUAUAUAUUCCAAAAUAUAAAUUGUAAAAUUCGCACAUCGAUAAACAGAAAUACCAAACACGCGCUUCGUGUCAAUUAAAAUUCUUCAAAGAGCUAUUUCUGGCGGACGCGAACUUGAAAUUUUAUUUUUAUUUGCACAUCGACUAAAGUUUUCACUUUAGAAUUUUCCAGAUAACUGAAUAAUUUAGUGAGACUACUUCUAAAAAUUAUACCUUAAUUAGACAUAAGGGUGUAUUCUUUAAUGUAAUAACAAUGAUUAUGAAAUGUAGGUUAACAUUUACAAGUAGUAUUUGAACAGAAAAUAUAUUGCGAUUGGAAAUCUGAAGAAAAAACGCAAUUCUUUAACGGUUUUGUUUUCAUUCGCCUUUGCGAAGGUCAAGUGUAUGGUUUAAUAUGUAAAGCGUUACGUAAAUUUCUCUUUUUAACCGACGCCCGGCGUCCAAAAAUACCGACCGUCUUUUAAAGAUAGAACAGAUAAUAUUGAUUUUUCAUUCGCAAACUCCAGCAUUGAUUUUUAAUAUUAAUAUAUCUACCUCGAUUCUUGUUUUGAUAUCCGGUUAAAUUAUCACGAAAAUAGUUUGUUUGUUGUUAUUUCGAAAAAUUAUUUUAGGAAAAAUUAAUGCUGAAAUGUCUACUAAUAGUGGGUAUAAAUUAUUCCGGGAUAUCCUGCGGGUUUGUGAAUAAUAUAAACAUCGUACACUGGAUAGAUGCAAUAAACAACAUUUCAUAGUAAUGACAGGAAUUUUGACAGAUAAUCUGUUAAUUAAUUUACUUCUAUCACAUAUGUCAACACAUGAAAUAAAUCUUCCGUCAAAUUAUUCAUGUCAUUUAAAAAGGACAUUUGCAAAUUCAUGCACUCUUCUUUUUUUGUGUUCCAUGGAUAUUAAUUUUCUACGAAUUAAUUUCCCUCUAAUAUUAAUUUCUACGAAUUAAUUUCCAUGACCAUCAAGAUGUUUACGUCGAAAUUUCUUAUCUAAUCGGGCUAUUAGUAAAUUGGGCAUUAACAUUAAAUUCAAAUUUAUCGACUUAACCCCCCCUAGGAGAUUGAUUUGCAACUGCGUUUGUUUACAAAAGGCCUACUUAAUUGAAAACAUCCUUUCUCUAUCAGCUAUCAUAUCACUAUCACUGAAGUUUUUCGAGUGUACAGAUAACGCAAUAAAAUUCUUGAUAUAACGAGAAAAAAUGGCCCUGAACAAUUUGUCCGCGCGCGAGCAUUGCGAUUACCCUAAAAUCAUCGAAAACGGCCAGAUAGUGGUCGUCAACAAUCCCCUGAUGCUCUAUUCCCCGGCCAAUUCCAACGACUGCUCCCUAAUGUUGAACACGUGCAGGGACACGAAUUUCACGCAAAACCUGCCCGAAUUGGUGCUCGACACAAGGUACUUCCAAUACGAGGGCCAACAGAACAUGCCCAAGCCGGUGUUCGAUUUCUCUCGCAGUUUCGAAUUCGCCCAUCGAAAUCGAUUGGAGGAGAAUCUGUCGGUUUUGGAAGUGUUCGACAACGAGCCAGAUAAGCCCGAAUUCAUUGACAUUAGUAAAUUGUCAGAACUUAGCGAGAACAAAGCGAGCAGCAUCGACGGUUGCGACGUGCUCGAGCUGAGCGACGAUGAGGUUAUAUUCGUGAAGGAGUACAAAGAGAACGAUGAUAAACCCGAGAAGGAGCAUGCUUCGAAAGCAGAGGGCCCGAUUCGAAGGAACCCGGUGAGAAUGGUGAGGAACAAGUCCAGGGAUCUGUCCAAAGAGUUGCUGUUCGAGGAGGAUUUCGCCUUUUUGGACGUCAGCGACGAGGAAACCGAGGAUAAAGAGAACAAAUUAAAUGUUAAGAAAUCCCCGACGGUUAAGCUGCCGAAGGAAUGGCCGGUGAACGUGCACGAACGGCCGGAGUACAAUCCGGUCACCAAUAACAUAGAAUCCUUCGAUUAUACGAUAAGAGAAAUCCAGGAAACUGCCUCAGUGUUUAAGAAACCCAAAACCGAUGCCGUUGUACCUAAAAAACCCAUUAAAAAGAAACCCGUGGCGGUCAGAAGAAGAACCAGAACACCUAAAGAAACCAAAAAAUCCCCCAUAGAAGAAUUGAAACCUCUAGUCAACACCACCACCGACAUGUUGAAAGAUUAUUUCGUGAACAGUAAAAAACACAAAGAUUUGGUCUCUACCAAAUCGGACAUUUGUAGUUUCGAGAAUAAGUUAGAGAUUUUAAAAAACCAAGCAUUUUUGUUCGCCAUAGUUAAUAAUUUAGACGAAAACGAAGUCAUGGAGAAAUUUAAGUUACUGAACGUCGAUACCGAAUCCAAAAGUUAAUAUUUAAGUAAGGUGCUAAUUUAUUUUUUGAUUGCUUGAAACUUGUACAUAGGAUGUUCGCUGUGUUAAUAAAUUAUUUACGAUUUUCCUUCAAAGUUUUGUGCUGUUUUUCACUAAAAAUUCCUCAUUAUAUUAAUAAUAAAUUCGAUAAUUUGCUGGUGGCGCAACAAUAGCUUCUCUCGAGAAGAAACGACUUUUAUUUCAUAUUAAUCCAGCCAGGUGACAACUUUAUUAGAUUUAAUUAUGACAAGUUGUAUCUAAAUGAUCGAAUAAGGCAUUACACACUCGAUGAGUUAUUUAUUUACCGUUUUCUCAACGAUCUACCCGCUUGUAUUUUUCCUAUUCACUUUGGCGAUGACGAGGCCAUCGGUGUUAAUUCCACAAUAUAUAAAAAAUAGACAGCAUACGAAAAUAAACAAGUACAAGCAAAAUAUAGCCAUUAUGGCCAGUUGAUGUCGUCAGUCCGUCGAAUGAUCACUAACUGUAACGGUGGAAUUUUUUUCGUAAUUCUUAUCGACUCUCCUGUGGUCUCUUCUGCGGUCUUUCCUGUUGUUUCGAUACUCCUCUUCGACGCUCUCUUCCGAAAAAAC